UCCUCCCGGGUGAAGCGGGGCUGCGCCGGGCCUGGCCGGGCUUCGCCUGGGCGUGAAGGGAGCCUGAGUGCAGGAGGGGCCAGGCGAGGCGGCAGGAAUGCGAGUGGGAGAGCGGCCGGGCAAGUAGCGACAGCUCCUGGGAGCGCGGAUCCCACACACGCUCGGGCAGGGAACAGAGCCCCAGCUCAGGGCUGGCGGCCGCAAUGGGGCACCCCACGGCUCACCCCCUGUGAGAGCUGGAACCGAGGGUGGCGAGUCCCCGGGGGCAGCACGGCCACGGCGGGGUCCCGGCCCCGGGGAGCUCGGCUCCGGCGUGGAGCAGCUGGAAUUCCCCCGGCGGGUGAUGCCCGGCUAGGCCGGCCCGAGGUGCUGAGAGUCCCGGGACACCGAGGAGCCGCGAUGACCCCUGAGAAGGUUCUGAGGGAGGGGGUGCUGGAGAAGCGGAGCGGGGGGCUGCUGCAGCUCUGGAAGAAGAAGCGGUGCCUGCUGACGGAGAAGGGGCUGCAGCUCUUCGAGCCCAAGGGCUCGCGGCGCAAGGAGCUGAGCUUUGCCCGCAUGAAGGCCGUGGAGUGCGUGGAGUGGAAGGAGCGGCACAUUUAUUUCACUGUGGUGAUGGACGACAGCCUCGAGAUCGACUUCCGCUGCGCCCAGGAGGACCCGGGCUGGAACGCCGAGAUCACCAUGGGGCUCGUGCGCUUCAAGAACCAGCAGGCGAUGCAGGAGGUGCGCGCCCGGCACAGCUGCCGAGCAGUGGUGCACUUGGACGCAGCUUCCCCAGUGGGGCACCCCAGGGAGUCGCAGCUUCCCAGGAGUCGGAUGGAGAUGGCCCUCGGCUCGGCAGGUGCUGGGGAGAACGGGAUCCCUGCGGGCAAGUGAAGCCACCGCUGUGCAGCCCUGGGACGAGGACAGUGGCCCCGGGGAGGCUGGUGCUGGCGCUGGCUCCCCCCGUGCCGGGGCAGGACAGAGGCACUGCAGGAGCUGGGCUGGCACAGCCACCUCCCUUGGUGCAACGGGGCAAAGGACACAGGCAGGGCCACCGACUGGGACUUCAGACGAGGCAGGAGGUGACAUCCCUGCCUGGGCCCCCGUCGCCCUUCAUUCAGCUGACAUGUACAGGACCUCAGUGCACUGGUGGGGAGCCCCAGGCCUCUCCUGCAGGACAGGGGAUGGAUGAGGCUGUGCCCGAAGGAUCCACACGACAGAGAGCUCUGCCUGUGUGACAGUGACACUGGGACAGAUUGAUGUGGCCGGGGACAUGGCUCCCCCUGGAUCCCCAUUUUCAGGAGGGGCUGGAAAGAUGCUGCUGCAGCAGGGACCCCUCAGCAGGGCACUGAACUGAUGGCAUCGUGACACAGCCAUGCUGCUGGACAUCCUGUCCCCUUGAGGCCCUUAGGCUGUUGGGGAAUGCUGGGGACCCCAACUCCCUGUACCAAAAGUGUCCCCAAACAUGACUUUCUGCUUCUUACCCUGGUGUUGCUUUGAUUUGUGGGACCCCACAGGGUAUGGCAGAGCACAAAUCCUACACAGAGCUUUGCCAGUCAUGGGUAUCUCCGUAAAGCAGCAUCCCCCAGUCGAGCUCCAGAGCCCCCCACUGCCACCCCGAGACUCCCUGGUCACUAAUCCCGCUGCGCCCUUGUCCCCAGGGAUUCCCACGGUGGUUUGCGUGCUGGUGACGCGGGAGCAGCGCUGUGGCUUUGCAGGGAAGGGAUGGCCCUGCCCCGACAGGCAGCGCAGACAGCAGUGCCUGGAGCCACCGGCGCGCUCCGCAAGCCGGAGCCUGAGCCCAGCCCGGGGCCGGAGGCGCUGCGGAUCCUCCCGGAGAUUUCGUGGCCGUGUGGGAAUCACGGAGUGCCGUGCCCUGGUGCCCCGGACUGGGACAGCUGGCCCCAGCCUGCACUCCAGCCAGACCCCGCAGGGCCCACGGAGUCCCGUGCCUGUGCUAGGGCAGUGCCGGGCAGCUUUGGGGGCGGUGGCACGGCUGGAGCCUGCUCACCAUGCCAGGCCAGGCUGGGCUGGCUCUGCUGGAACAGGCACUGGGGCGUUUUCCAGCCGGGGCAGCCUCCUUGGCCAGCUGGUCCUCAGAGCUGCAGUUACUGAGACUCCGGGCUGUGAGUGGGGAGGAGGGGUGAGGGCAGGCUGCAGGUGCAGAUGAAGCUGGACCCAAACCCUGCCCAGAUGGAGCUCUGCACCAUCCCAGGGCUGUUACAGGGACAUGGGGGGCUCCAGGGAUGGUGAGACCUGCUCCCCUCCACAGGACAUGCUCCAGCCGUGGAGCCCUGCAUGGACAAGUCCCAGACCAGUGCCCUGCACACAUUUCAGGAGGGAAUGAGGUUGUCAGAAAGGUGCUGGUGCUCACAGAGAAUUUCCAGAAUAAAGAUCAUCAUCCUAGGGUUUCUCCUAAAUCCCCAGCUCCUGCUGUCAGGGGAUUCAGUGAGACUGAGUCAAAGCCCUGCGAGCAUCCCAAGCCUGAGCCAUGGUGGGUGCCCGGGUGGGGAGCACCCAGUGCAAGAGGGCUCCUAAAAUCACCAGUUUCGGGCAGUGUGACUCUUCUUUUUCAGUUUUUCUGCUCUCUUGCUCCCUGUAAAUAGAUAUUUUGUGUUUUCCAGCUGCCAGCAAGGAACUGGCAAAGAAAAUGAUCAAGAGAGGGGUGUGUAAGCACCAGCUCUGGCUGUGGCACUUCCCCAGGCACCGAUGACGAGGCAGCAGCGAGGCCACGCUGCUGAGAAAUUCAGGCAAUCAGUGGAGGGAAAAGGACAAUAUGAGAACACAAGUGCCUGUGUCAACAUUUCAGAUCCAGGCGCAGGGAAAGCCAGUCUGCAUCCUGAGCCCGUCAUCCAGAUCCACACACAGCCAGGGUCUCCUCCUGGACCCCAUAUUCCCUAGGGCCAGCAGAGCUCCCCAAGCCCCCAGGUUUGGGAUUUUCUUCUGCAUGGACACCCACACCUGCCUGACCCACCCUUUGUGGCUGGAUUCCCAGCCUGAUCCUGGGGCAGGGGCUGGGGGUCAGAACUGAGCCAGCAAGGUGGGAGGGUGGGAUUCAUCUGCCUCUGGAAGGCCUGAAUGUCGAAUGUAGAGGAAAAGUCACCCCAAGAUUGAAAAACAAAUUAACAGCCAAGAGACCUAGCCAGGGGGCAGAGCAGGGCCACGACCAGAGACUGGAGCAUCCCCCAGCACCAGGGAUGGAGUGCCAGCACCAGGGACAGGGUGCCAGCAUCAGGGACAGGGUGCCACCAUCAGGGACAGGGUGCCAGCACACUCCCAGGCAGCCUGAAAAGCAGGAGAGCACCCACGGGAAGCAUUUCUAAUGCCCUCAGAGGUGGGGAAAUUGAGGCACAGGGGGUGGAGGGUGGGUUUGUGGCCCCUCAGCUCUUCCAGCACAUGGGAUCCACUGGUGAGGAGGGGCUGCCAGACCCCCCCGGGGCCCCCAGGGAGAGCCCCAGAGAGGAGAGAGGUGCCUUGGAGCACCCUGAGUUCAAAGGCAGGAGCCUGAAAAUCCAGCUCUGCUGCUCCCAGCCCCCGGUGCCCCGUCUCUAUCAGCCCUCCCUGCACUGUUCCAAGGGUAUUCCCAGUGCUAAGGCUGCUUUGGGGGGCUGCUUUCUGGGCAGGGGCUCUGCCAGAACCCACAGGGACAGGUGCCCUCCUUGCAGCACCACGAGAGUGCAGUGAGUGCAGGGAAGGCGAGUUUUUCCCACCUAAUAAAAUGCCAGGCCUGGCUUUGGGAUCAGUUUGGGGCUGGCUGGACACCCUGAGUGCUGGGGAGGGCAGUGGGGUCACAGUGCUAACAUAGGGAGGUAUAGCCUAAGGGUGCCAAUGCUUUUAUCAGGUGGGACCAUGUGUGGGACCUCUUCCAUCACUGAGUGCCCUGCAGGGACCCUGACAUUGCCCCGCUUCUCCUGGGACAAUCCCUGAGCUUGUUGGUGGCUCCUCUUUAGAUAAAAAUAAAAAAAAAAAAAUAAAAAAAAAAACCAACAAAACAAAACAUCCCAGCUGUAGCAAGCGGUAUUCUGCUUUUUAGCCUGAGGUCAACUGUCCAGCUUCCUCCAGAUGCUCUUAUAUGACCAUGCUUAAUUAUAAUUCCUAAAUCACUGGGUUUUGGUUUGGAGCCCAACCCCUGCGCAGAGCACUGCUGUGUCAGUUUGCCCACACUGCAGGGAGCUGAGGCCGGGAUGUCCCCACCACUGCUUUGGGGAGCUUGGYCAUCUCCAGUGAAUCCUCUGGCACCGGGGUGAAGGAAGGAACAACUGACCUUGUAGCAUGGAGCCCGGGAUGCUGAGGGCAGGGACAGCAGGAAUUGCACCUUAAUUCUCCAUCCUCAGUGUCCUGGUGGAGUGUCCUGGACUGCGUGCUCCAGGAUGUUGAGGAGUGUGGCUCUGACAUCUCCCAGCAGUGGAUCUGAGGCUGUGGUAGCCCCCAGAAGGGCAGGGACUCACCAGGAGGAAACAAAACCAGGGCCCAGACAUUGCUGGAGCUGCAGAGGGAACAACCAGCACAUCCCAGCACUAUCUGUCCCCAGGCAGGAGACACUGGAAUGCUCUGAGGGUGCGGGUGGCCCAUCCCAGCCAAAAGGGGAUACUGAGAUGUAUCCCAGAGGCAGAUAGAAAGGUCUGCAAAUACCCUGGAAAAAAUCCCAAACCUGUGUCAUGGUCCCUGCCUGGG